CGUUUCAUGUUCGAAAGAGCGGCUCAGAUUCGGAUGUCAUUCAUUCGAUUUGCAAAAAAAAAAAUUGAAUAAUAAGUUUCCAUUUUUCUUUGCACUUGGCACACGUACAGAUAACAAAAAUGUUUCUCGCUCGACGAAUUCCCGCUAUUGUCAGUCGCAAUGUAUUUUCUGCCGGUGUAUUGCCUGCAGCGCAAAAGCAUACAUUGCCCGCAUUGGACUACGAUUACAAGGCUCUAGAGCCAAUUGUUUCGGCGGAAAUCAUGGAAAUCCAUCAUACAAAACAUCAUCAAACUUACAUUACCAAUUUGAAUGCCGCCGAAGAGCAAUUGAAAGAUGCCGUUUCGAAGAAUGACACAUCGAAGAUAAUUGCGUUGCAAGGUACAUUGAAAUUCAAUGGCGGUGGCCACAUCAAUCACACCAUUUUCUGGAAGAAUUUGAGCCCGAACAAGUCCAAACCAUCGAGUGCGUUGCAAAGUGAACUCGAAAAGACAUACGGCAGCUUUGAAAAUUUCAAAAAAGAAUUCACCACCGCAACCGUUGCCGUACAAGGCUCGGGAUGGGGAUGGCUUGGUUUCAACAAGAAGAAUAACCAAAUUCAAAUUGCAACAUGUUUCAAUCAAGAUCCAUUGGAAGCCACCACAGGUUUGAUUCCAUUGUUGGGCAUUGAUGUCUGGGAACAUGCCUAUUACUUGCAGUACAAAAAUGUGCGAUUGAACUAUGUUGAUGCCAUUUUUGAUGUGGUCAACUGGGAUGAUGUUUCAGCUCGUCUUGCCGCCGCAAAAGGAAAAUAAAUCUCAACAAAAGGCAUUUAUAGAAUCGAAUAAAGAACCAAGCAAUGCGACCUUUUGAACAAAUACUUUUUCAAAAUUUCCAAUAAAAUUGGGCUCACGUUUAUAUACAAAAAAGUUAAACAGAAGUAAUAAACUCAGAAUGCUUUAAUCGAAAUGC